CGAACCCGUCAGAUGGUGUCCGGGGGAGGGACAACGGGGGGUUUUAAAAAAGCGGUUUCGACGGGGAAGAGACAAAGUGAGGUAGCACUGGCUGGCCCUAAUGCAAGCAGUCUCCAUCAAGCCGUCCAUAAAAAGGACGGUAGCACCCAGAGAGGAAAGGUUGCUAGGGACCAAAGAAAGAGGAACCAAGAAAGUGACGAAAACGGGUAGGGAGAAGCACGAGAAGGAAGCGCAGGCGCUGCAGAAGCAAGAAAGCCAGAAGCAAACCAGCAAAAGGCACCAACCGCGCGGGCGGGUCACGCGAGGGAUAUGUAUGAGAUGUUAUGGCUACGAUUGUGGUGCGGUUCUGACGCGCCGAUGCGAGAGGUUGGGCGACCCAUGGCAUGAUACGCCCAGCACAGCUUAUUACAGGGGAAGCCUAGCCAACCGGAGGAGCCUCUGCGCAGGAAGCUUUUCUUUGCAGGACAACCUCAAAUUACUCUUUGGGUAGUCCGCUGCUCCGGGUGCCUUACCCAACUUGGUAUGUCAGUCAGGGUCGUGGUGGUGUGGCCAUGUUUGUUUCUGGAGUAUCCUGGGAGCGGGAAGCAGAGAGACCCCAGA